CUUCCCCCAGGAGAAGCAACAGCGCCAGGGAAGGAGCGAAAAAUCAGGCGUGAUUCUAGAUCUGGAAGGAGAGGAGCCUGUGAAAGAACUUUUCAAAACGACUCCCUGGACACAAAACCAAUGCAAGGAAGUCAUGCAAGGUAAUCAUGAGAAUGCCACUGGUUUCGAUCCGGAUCCCCACUUGUUCUCGGUCCACUCUCAAAGAGGUGACAAGGUGCAAGCUUUUCCCACAGACUUUUCCAAGGAAUUGGAUCCUCUGCAAGAUGGUAAGACCUCUUCCAGGUCCUAUACAGAGAACACUAUCUUUAAUCUUCAGCAGAAACCAGAGAUUAUGCAUGAAGAGCAUUCAUUAGAGGGGGUGGGAAAUUCUACUCCUUUCUGGGGAGGCUUGGAAGACCUCAAUGAAUCUACUGGCUGCCAGAGAAUCCCCACAGUAGAGACUUUUGAGAAGCGGACUAAGAGCGACGAAGGCCUCAGCUGGAAGUCAGACUUUGUGAUCAGUAGGAGAAUCCCUAAGAAACGAGACAAGCCGUACAAAUGCUCUGAGUGCGGGAAAAGCUUCAGUGUGAGCUCGGACAUUAUCCGGCAUCAGAGAAUCCACACUGGGGAGAAGCCUUACAAAUGCCUGACAUGUGGGAAAGGGUUCAAUCAAAAUUCCCACCUUGUUGCACAUCAGAGGACCCACACAGGGGAGAAGCCCUAUAAAUGCUGGGAGUGUGGGAAAAGCUUCAGCCUGAGCUCAGAUUUUACCAGGCAUCAGAGAAUACAUACGGGGGCAAAACCAUAUAAAUGUUCAGAGUGUGGGAAAGGUUUCAUUCAGAAAUCACACUACAUUACACAUACAAGAAACCAUACUGGGGAAAACCCAUAUAAGUGCCCCGAAUGUGGUAGAGGGUUCACCUCCAGCACCCUACUCAUCAGGCACCAAAGAAUCCACACUGGAGAGAAGCCCUUCAAAUGCUCCUAUUGCGACAAGAGGUUCUGUGCUAGUUCCAACCUUGUCACACACAUGAGAACACAUACAGGAGAAAAGCCAUUUAAGUGCUUGGAAUGUGGGAAAAGCUUCAGUCAGAAAUCCACCCUGAUUGCGCAUGAGAGAACGCAUACAGGUGAGAAACCGUACAAAUGUUGGUGCAGCAAAAUGUUCAGCAAGAGCUCGGACCUCCUCGCCCAUGAGAGAACCCACACAGGAGAGAAACCCUAUAUCUGCCCGAGCUGCGGAAAAAACUUCCGGAUGAGUUCUCAUCUUAUAAGACACCAGCGGAUUCACACAGGAGAGAAACCAUACAAGUGUUCAGAGUGUGGACGGAGCUUCAGUGCCAGUUCACACUUAAUCAGACAUCAAAAGAUCCACUUAGAGGAAAACCUGCCCAAGCAGGUUGGACAAACAAGAAGCAAUACUGAUAGUGACGGCAAAGUUCGGAUGAAGAGCACUCACCUGCUGCUCCCACCUCUUGGUCUCUCGCUGCCUUGUCAGGAAAUCCUCGGCCAGGAUGACCGCCUGGGAACAAGUCCCUGGACCACCUUCCCGGACCCAGCUCUGGAUCUCCACUGGCAAGAUGGUCAGGAACUGCUCCAGGAUCACCAGUUCCAGGAUCUGCUCCUUGCAGAGGAGCACAGAACAGGCCUGGCUUCCCCACGCAAGGCACCCAUAGAAGAGCAGCCCAUGACUAAAGGCCAGGAGCAGAGCAUCCAAGUCCUUGAAUCUGGGAUGGGGGUAGUGGAAAAGGCCCCCCACGUGAUCCAGGCUGGGAGUAUUACAGAACUGUUGCAAAAGACAUCUGGAAAGCAAUUUAUACAGGCACCUGGCGAAGGAUUGCAUCAGCUGUGGGAGGCCCAGUGGCAGGAGUUCCUCAGGACCUUGGAGUCCCCCCACUCAGGAUGGGGGAUCCCACCGGCGCCAGAGCAGCCCACUGCCCCAUGGGACGAUGCCAAGGCCUUUUUGGCCUCCUUUGAGCAAGUGGCUGAAGCCUGCCAUUGGCCCAAGAAAGAGUGGGUGGCCCGGCUCCUGCCUGCCCUUUGUGGAGAAGCUGAGAUGGCCUUUAAGAAGCUGAAUGUCGGGGACAGAGAGGAUUAUGGGACAGUAAAGGCAGCCAUCUUGCGAGGGGACAUCUUUAGCAGGGAGCAGAAACGUCAGCAGUUCAGGCAUUUUAGCUAUCAGGAAGCUGAAGGACCACGAGGGGUUUACAGCCAUCUGCAAGAGCUUUGCAACCAGUGGCUCAAAGCGGAGAAACAAACCAAGGAACAAAUCCUGGAGCAGCUGAUCUUGGAGCAAUUCUUGACUGUCCUGCCCCCGGAAAUGCAGAGCUGGGUCCGGGACAGCGGCCCAGAGACUUGCUGUCAGGCAGUGGCCCUAGCUGAAGACUUCCUGUUGAGGCAGCAAACUGCUGAGGCAUGGGAACAACAGGUGCCAUCCCCUGUCCAGGAGAUGGAGGCGAAUUUCCCUGAAGCAGAGGAGGACAGCCAAGGUUCGGAGCACAGAGAGGUGUGCAAAGAGGCUGGCUGGGAGACCUGCAACAACGAGGAGGCCACAUCAGCAGGACAAGGGCCAGCGAAUGAAAGUAAAAAUAGCAACCUUCAACAGGAAGAUGCAUCUCCGGGAAGAACAGAAGCAGAUGCUCUCCAAGGUGUUGAUCCAGGGCAGACCUCAGGGAAUCAUAAGAGUCUGGUCAAAGAUACAAAGAAAAAAGUUGGAAAUAAGGUUAAUAAACCCACUGAGGUGGUCCCAAAGGGCAGGAAAGAAAACAUGUGUCCGAGUGAGGAGAACCUUCGGCCAAAAUCACAUCUUGUCCAUUCUGCUGAGAAACCCUACAAAUGUUCCCAUUGCGGGAAGAGCUUCUGUCGACAGUCACACCUGUUCCAUCACCAUCGAGUCCACACAGGCGAAAAACCCUAUCGAUGUUCGUACUGCGGCAAGAACUUCCGCGAGCACUCGCACCUGACAAAACACGAGCGGCUGCAUACAGGCGAGAGACCCUACAAGUGCACUGACUGCGGCAAGAGCUUCUGCCAGUCAUCGAACCUCCGCAAGCAUCUCAAGAUGCAUGUUGGCGUGACCAUCUACAAGUGCUCCGAGUGCGGGAAGAACUUCAGCCAGCGCUCCAAGUUCUACCAGCACCGCAAGGUCCACUUGCGAGGGAAACAGUACCAUUGUGCGAACUGCGGGGAGAGCUUCGACCAGCUCACGCAGCUUUACGGUCACCAGAGGACCCACAAGACGGAGAGACCUUACCAGUGUACCGAGUGCGGGAAAAGCUUUCACCACAAAUCCAGCUUUAUGAAGCAUAAGAUGACCCACACGGGAGAGAAACCCUUUAAAUGCUCAACGUGUGGCCGGAGUUUCAGUCAGUCUUCCAAUCUUUACAAGCACUACAAAAUCCACACUGGAGAAAAACCAUACACCUGUGCCACCUGUGGGAAGUCCUUCACCCAAAGCUCCCACCUCAACUUGCAUCAGAACACCCACAAAGGAUUUAAAACAUUUAAGUGCUUAGAUUGCGGCGACAGCUUUUCUGACCGCUCCCAUCUCAUGAAGCAUAAAUUGAUUCAUAGGAACCCAGAUAGCUCUUCAGUCUGAUAUCCUGCAGGAUUUAGCCCCCUCCCCUCAAAAAAAAAAAAAGGUUUUGGAAAAGAAAAGACCUUAUCGUCAUUGAAGACUUGGGCAGCACUUAAAAACUUUUUCUGCCUUAGCGAAAUCACAGCUGUUUCUACCAAACAAAUUGGGAAGGCUCGAGUUUGAAUCUACUCUCUCUUGCAAAUUCAUUAGAUAGUCUCUCUCUUUGCCUCAAACACACCAUCUGCAAUGGGGAAGAUAACCAUACUGAUCUACUUUGCAGUGUUGUUGUAAGUAUGACAACAACAUAACAAUGGUGAUGGCUUUUGACACGAAAACGCCGACCGCUCUGAUAUUUUGAGGAAAAGAAUACAUGAAGAAGAGAAGAAAACCAGACUCUAUGAAAUGGGCGUGUGUGCAUGUGAGACUUUCAGUAGCUGAAAGAGAAUCAGAUGAAGUGUUGUGUCCAAAGACAUGGCUGAUGCAACAGAAGACCCGGAAGAAAGGCCGGCCAUGAACUUUCUUCUCGUCCACGAAUGUGGCACAGCUGCAACCCAGCGGGAAAGGGGCAGCAAGCUCCUAGGAACACCCACUGCUGCACUUCAACAUGUGCAGAGAGAUGAGGAAGAGGCCCACCUGACAGCAUCUUACCUCAGGGCCUCCCAAAAUCUGGGGCUGUGGGCUACAGCCUUGGAGGAAUUGGGGCCUUUGUUCCUAUAGGUCAGAGAUCCCCUAAUGUGGUGCCCAUGGGUGUUUCCUGGUGCUAGGGUUGUCAGACCAGCACUGGCAACCUGUGGAAGGUUGCGGGGGACAUGCACAUAGGCAUUGUUGUGGUUCCACAACAUCCUUCUGGCAUGAGGCCAGAAGUGAUGUCAUUGCAUCAGUGCGAUGCUCUAUGGUUUUAUGGUAGAGUUUGGGGGAAGUCCUUGAGUCAUCCCAACAUGAUGACAUCACUUCUGGAGUCACCCCAAAGUGAUGUUGUUGCAUUAAAAUGGCACCUAUCCACCCCACCCCUUUACUGAGCAGAGCUGAACCACAAGGGCUGCCAGCAGGCGGUCUUCUGCCCUAGUAGGAGACCUGUCAGCCCUACCCAGCAUGCAUUUGCUUCUCCAACAAAGCUUUUCUUCCUCCAAAGAAAGAGCCAAUCCUGACUUUCCCCCACCUCACAGAAGUACAUAAUUCUUCAGGACCCAUCUGCCAUCGUAGUAGCAGGGCUUUUUUUCAGGGAGAAUGUGGGGGAACG